AUGAAGGGGAGAAAACCUGCAGGCCCAGAACUAGAAGAAGGACCACUCAGAGCAGGAGAAGCCUCCAGUCCAGUUCAGCCGGAAUAUGCGACAGAGCGAUCAGGAUGGGACCCAUCACAAGAGGGCAAAGGGGAACCAUCCAGGGGGAUUCAAGAGCGCUGGGAUGCCCAAUGGCAGGAGUUCCUGAGGACACUGCAGCCCCUUCACACAACAUGGGGAAGCCCAGGGAUGUCAGAGAUGGUGCCAUGGGAUGAUGCCAAGUCCUUCCUGGCCUCCUUUGAGCAAGUGGCCAAGGCCUUCCGGUGGCCUAGAGGAGAGUGGGCGGUCCGGCUCCUGCCAGCACUGAGCGAGGAAGCAGAAGAGGCCUUCCAAAGCCUGGAAGCCAGAGAUCAGGAGGACUAUGGGAAAGUGAAAGCGGCCAUCUUGCGAGGGGAAGCCCUGAGGAUGGAGGUGCAGCGCCAGCACUUCAGGCAAUUCUGCUGCCAGGAAGUCAGAGACCCCCGAAGGAUUCACAGCCAAGUCCAGGAGCUUUGCCGGCAGUGGCUGAAGCCGGAGAGACACAGCAAGGAGCAGAUCCUGGAGCUGCUGAUCCUGGAGCAGUUCCUGGCCAGCCUGCCAGUGGACCUCCAGGGCUGGAUCCGGGCAGGAGGGCCGGACACCUGCUCCCAGGCUGUGGCCCUGGCCGAGGACUUCCUCACGAACCAGAAAGAGGCUGUGACAGCUACCCUGCAGGGGCCGCUGAAGGAGGAGUUUGAAGAACCCUCAGAUCCUGUGAAGGGACAGAUCUACAAAGAACCUGAGCAAAACGGUGAUGCUACAUUGGAAGAGACGGAUGGCCGUGGAAGUCACCUGUGUUUGCAGAUCGUCAGCCCAGAUUUGCCCCAGCCAGCCCAACAGACCACAGUCUGUCAAGUCCUGCAGGAGGACGGGGGGAACGUGGAGCCUUUAGGCGACAGGAAGGGAAGUAAGGUCAAGAUGGAGGAUUGUCAGUAUGGAGGAAAUGAGCCACACGGUAUGUCUGGGAAAGCAUCACAGAUGGACCAAGCGAAUGUGCUGGAGACAGCUGAGAUGCACAAAGAAGGAUGCAAGUCCAGUAAGGGACAGGAGACGGAGGCAGAGGGAAGAGACAAUACAUGUCAUAAAGUCACGGAAGAUCUUACAGCUGUGAUUCGCCCACCUUCCAACAUGCCCAUGUUCUCCAAGUACGGUAGAAGAUAUCGCUACAAGUUACAACAUGAUAUGAUAGAUGCCGGGGAGGAUCAGGACGAACGCCCCAUGACAGAUGAAAAUCUCCACCAAAAUCCACGCUUUGAUCAGUGUCAACGAACAAUUAAAGGAAGGUGUAAAUCUGAAUUUUCUGAGAAUGGCAACAAGGGUAAUUUGAAUCGACUUCAGAUUAACCACCCAGAAGAGAAAUCUCAAAUCUCUACUGACUGUGUACAGAACUUGAUUUAUACAAAGUUACUAAAGCUUAAUCAAGAAAUUGAAAGUCUGGGGAGACCAUAUGAAUGUUCUCAUUGUAGCAAAUGCUUCGACCUGAGAGAAGAAUUGAUGACUCAUGAGCAGCUUCAUACUGGAGGGAGGAGGCGUGAAGACCCCCAGCCUGAGCAAAUCUUCACUAGACACGAGAAAAUUGAUACUAUAUUGAAACCAUACGAAUGCUCUGAGUGUGGGAAGUGCUUCAAUGAUAGAGGCAAGUGA